AGCCAGCCAGUCGUCACACAUCACCCCCACCGCAUUAGGUUCCUCACCCACCCACAUACCACCACCACCUGUGUGCCUCACUCACUUACACCUGUGUGGGGUGACCUCACCUGCCUGUGGACCUCCUUACAACACCUCCAAAUCCUCCUGGAGACACAGAGAGAAUCCAGCUAGCAUCAGGAUGCAACAGUUACUCCUGCUGCAACUCCUGGCAGCAUCCACGGUACUUGGAGCCACACUAGAACACAGUCAACGUAUAGCAAGGAAUGUCAAUGUGGAGUGGCCCAAGGCUGGGCUGGAGGUGUGUGAGGAGCUCCAGGAUGAGCGCUACAGCCUCAGCUGCCAACAGUGCUUCCACAACUCUGGCAAGGACUUCAAAAAGAUCAAAGUGUGUGUGAGGGAUUGGCUGCCACAGAUCAUAGCUCGAUGUGCUACCAACGCUCACGCCAAAUAUAUCAAGUCCUUCAACAGCUGCAUCGCCCACGCCAUUAAAUACAAUGCCCAUCUGAACCAGAGAGCAAACUUACUAUGCACGAAGGGCGGCGCUCUACUCAAAAGGGUGAGUCACUCAAAGAUCCUGCCAAACGGACCUGCUGCCAUCUACUCCUCCAUGGCCCAGGAGCUCCUCAUCACCACAGAGCCUGUCAAGAGUUUGCUGGAGGAGCCCGACCAUGACUGCUUCGACAGGUUCAAAGUAGACGAAAACAAUAAAAACUGGCACCUCCAUUCCUCCGGCUCAUCAGGUGAAGGUAAACAACGGACCAGCAGGGACUUCGACCACACAGCCAAUAGCCAUCAUCCAAAAGCCUCACCUGCCCAAGCAGCAGCAGAGAGGGACAUGGUGUACGAGUAUGGGAAUACGGGACACGACAUGCCCUUCGAGGGAGUGGGGCCCCUGGCAGUGGACGUCCUAAUGGGCGAGUGUAUUGUUGCUUACCUGGAGGGGAAAGGAAAAUUGCAGAUCUUGGUUGAUGAAAUUCUCGAGUCCCCGGCCCCUGUGCCUGCCUGGAUAUUCCAAGAGUUGCUGACCCUUAUCAAGACUAUUAAACUGACCUAAGAAAUAACACUUCAUUCUAAAAAGCAACAAUUGUUAAUACUUCCUCCAGGAUGAUCAAGAACCACAUCCAUCACACUACACUAUGCAACACUUGAUGAUACAGUAUUUCCUCCAGGAUGAUCAAGAACCACAUCCAUCACACUACACUAUGCAACACUUGAUGAUACAGUAUUUCCUGCAGGAUGAUCAAAGACCACAUCCAUCACAGACAGGGCCUUUGUUGUAAAUCCUGGGAAUAAACUUGAAUUGUGCUAGGAAAUGUACAUCAUAAUAUAGUAAAUAAAUAAUACAUAGCUUUAACUAAAUACAUUCAUCUGUAGUUUUUUUCACUCUUGUAGGCUUUUUUUUAACCUCUUCAUCACCGUCUCGCUCUUUCCCUCUCUGCCUAUACACAUCAAACACACACACACACAAACACAUUUACCCCAACACAUUUUUUUUUACAUACCCGGUAUGUAAGUGUCUAAGUCAUUACCGAGUCACAGGUGUUAGGAUACUAUUUUUCAGUAACACGCGACCUUCACCUACACUAAAGCAUGUUGACGUCCAGGUGAGCCGGGAUGAGACGUCUCAUGGUGUUGUCACGUGAGGAAUAACGUAUAAAGGAAGAAUGUUUCAUCUAGUGUAGUAUUUCCCAUAUACAGUACAUAAUGAAUCGGUAUUAACUGUGUGUAUAUUUCUUUCAUUAAAUCCUACAUUAUA